AUGGCUCCUAUUGAGGACCUCUUGCUGGAUUUGGGGGCCAAAAUUGCCCACGAGCACAACCUCGGAGUCUCUGCUUUGGAACAUUUGGCUGAUGCUCUUGACGGUAAUGGCCUGUGCCUGAAUGACGUGGCUGUCCCUGCCGUUGACUUCCCAACCCUUGUCCAGCUUCUUUUGGACAUAACUUAUGACGUCCCUGAGUGGCUUGCCGUUUCCGACGAGAGGCUGAAGAGAUAUACCGAAGACGAGUUCAAGAUUGUCAUUAAGCUGAUUGAAACUCGCUUCUGGCUCGGCGAUGCAGAGCGAACCUUGGACCAACUUUGGAGCUGGCAGGUUGUGUUUGGCCGCUCUCGACAGGAGCACCGUCAAUUGAUCAGCAAAUCUGAUAUUGACGGUAUUGACAAGAUGAAGGGCCCCGCGGGUUACUACACCUUCUUGUCGUCAAUCACCAACGUCUUCUAUGAUGAUUAUCCUGACAGCUACAGGCUACUUCGAGAAAAGUUUUUUCCGCGAGGCAUCGAUGAUGCUAUUCCUGCAUUCAUCAAGCACUACCGCCAGGCCAAGACAGCCGUUCGCAAGCUCCGCAAGCGCUACCUGUAUCUUGGCAUGGUGGGAGUCGACAAGGGCGGUUCGCUUUACAUGCGAUCGCGUGAUCUACUUCUCCAUGGUGAGAUGUUUCUUGAGCAGGUGAUGGGAUCAGCCCAGCUCUGGCGAGAGACGACAAAGAAACAGAACGAAUAUUACCAACUGCCGGGCGUCAACAUGGGUCUUCCCUAUGGCACAACCGCAUUCACAGACUAUUCUCUGGGCAAGACCUAUGUCAUCCACCAAGGAGGAAUCAAGAACCACUGGGAUGGCCACGGCGACGAAUACACGCCACUUCGGUAUCAGCAAGGCAGCCCGUGGGGCGAUUGGUUCCGUAACGUCAUGCACGCUCGUGGUACCAUGACACGAAUUGAGGCUACCGACUUGAAGAAUAAGGGUAUAGACGCGUACAAGACGGCACCUGGCCCCUACGAGCUCAGACUACCCCAAGCCAUCUGCCCCAUCUGGAUGCAUUUCGGACGGAUGUACAGCAACUACGAAGCCAUCUACAGCGGUUUCACCAUCGUCCACCCUAGAUCUAGCAUGCUCGAGGGACCAGUGAAGACCGAGGAAGAGUUGGCGGAACAGGCGGAACGACUAUCUGAUGGCACUAGUGAGCCAUACUGGCAUGUGCGCAAGAUCAAGUUCCAGUACGCGAAAUUGGAAAUGUUGUUCGCCCGCAACCCUUUACUUGCCGGACGUCCUCGUUUCGACGGCAUGGGUAAUCUCCGCUUCGACUACAUGGGAGUCAUUCUCAGGGAGUUGACCACGGGACACCGAUUCAUGGACUAUCGUGUCAAGCAGUCAUGCAUCUUGAUCGUGGGCGAUGACGAGGGCAAAGAAACGAAUCCCUGA